AUGGCUAUGAGUAUUCCGAAGUCAGGCUACAACCGUUUCAUGAAAGAAGGUGCUCAGGUUUGCGAUUUUUUAACGUUUUCUAUAUUUCUAUGUACUUUAAUUCUCAGCACUUCAAAGGAACGGAUGAAGCUGUUCAACGGAAUAUUGAAGCCUGCGUUGAACUUGCGUCUCAAAUUCGUUCAGCUUACGGCCCGAACGGUGAGUUUUUAUUUUAACUUUUUUUUCCUUUGCAAUCUGUGAUCCCGAUAAAUUUUCAGGAAUGAACAAAAUGGUGAUCAAUCACAUUGAAAAGCUGUUCGUGACUAAUGAUGCUGCCACUAUUUUGAAGGUUUGAGCAAUACUCAGAAAAAUUGAUGAUUUUGAUGAUUGUUUAGGAGCUUGAUAUCCAACAUCCGGCUGCUCGAAUAAUUAUCAUGGCAUCAGAAAUGCAAGAGAAGCAGGUUUACUUGACGUGUAUGUGUACAAAACUAUAUUUAAAAUAAAUAGGUCGGGGACAACACAAACACCGUUGUCAUUCUUGCCGCAGCGCUCUUGGAACAUGCCGCGCAGCUUAUUAAUUUGGUUUGAAAGGACGAAGUGAAUAUUUCUCACUGAUUUUCGAUUUUCAGGGAAUGACUCCACAAGAAAUCGCCGCGGGAUACGAGAUGGCGGCUGAGAAAGCUUUGGAAGUUUUGCCAACCUUAGUGGUCAGCGAGGCGAAGGAUUUAAAGAAUAUUGAAGAAGUAAGAUUUUUCGGCUUGCCGUAAACAUAGCUUUCGAUAAAUUUAUGAGAAGAAAAGCGGCAGAAUUUUUGUUAAUUUCGUUUUUUUUAUUUGUUACUUUUUUUCAGGUUCGCCAUUACCUUCGUUCUGCCAUCACCUCGAAGCAGUACGAUAAUGAAGAAGUAAUCGCUGAUUUAGUCGCCAAGGCUUGCGGUAUAUUAGUUGUAGCUUAUAUUUUUUAUCGAAAAAAGUUUCAGUUCAAACUGUUCCAUCUAACAGCUUCAACUUCAACGUUGACAACAUUCGAAUUUGCAAGAUUCUCGGCUCUGGAGUUCACAACUCUACGGUAUAGUUUUUUUGAAUUGUUUUUUUAAAAAAAGUAGUAGACGAAAAAAACUAAAGGAAAAAAAUUUUAUUAAAACUUCCUAACUAUAAAAAAAUUGAAUAAUCCAUUUUUUUCAAGGUUUUAUUUUUUUGUUUGAUUUUUCUUGAUGAAAUUUAAAGGAAAAAAUUUUUAUUUUAUAUUUUUCCAAAGAAUUCAGGUCAUGAAUGGUAUGGUGUUUAAACGAGGAGCCGAAGGAGAACUGAAGACGGUUUCUGACGCCAGAAUCGCCGUUUACACCUGUCCCUUUGAUCUUACUCAGACGGAGACUAAGGUUUCUGCAAUAUCUCAUUUUCCAUGAAAAAAAUUGAAAGUCAAAUCAUUCAAGUAUUCUGUUACUAGAAAUUUUUAUGAAAAAAACUUUUUUUAAUUUGAAAUUUUUCUUUCAGAGGAAAAAGUAAUUAUGAUUCAAAAAAAUUUCGCGAGCUGCAAGUUUGCUAAAUAUUUUUUUAUGUUUUGAAAUUGAUCGAUUAUAUUUCGAGUUUCUAGGGUACUGUUCUCAUUGAGAACGCCGAUGAGUUGGUUUCCUUCUCGAAGGGCGAAGAAAGUGAAGUCGAGGCUCAAGUCAAGGCGAUUGCUGAUAAUGGCGUUAAGGUUCGAAAUUGUAGCUUCCAUUUCUAGGAUUUAUUGUUUUUCUUCAGGUCGUUGUGGCUGCUGGAAAGUUUGGGGAUCUUUAUCUCCACUUUCUCAACAAGUACAAGAUUAUGGCUGUUAGGUAAUUUUUUUUUUCAAUUAACACACUGAUCGUAAGUUGAUUGAAGUUCGAAUGAAAAGUCUUUCAGAUUGACGUCAAAGUUCGAUUUGCGGCGAUUGUGUAGAACGAUUGGCGCUCAAGCUCAAGCCAGAAUCGUGCGUUUCUUUUUUUCGAUUUUUUCUUAUUUUCCUUUAAAAAAAGAAGAAUUUUUUGAAACAAAUGAAAUUGAAUUUUAGUGCGCUCCGCCCGUGAAUCUCCUCGGCCAUUGCGAUCUGGUCGCUGUCAAGGAAAUCGGCGACGAAAAUGUUGUCAUUUUUGAUAAGAAGGUUACUUUUUGAAAUAUAAUGGUUGAAAGUUGGAAAAUAACUUAAGUCCUAGCGAUGAUCAGUAAAUCUCGUGUAUUGAAAGUUUGAAUUUGAAGAAGAAGAUUAAAAAUUCGAACUUUGGGUUUAUUGGGUUGAAGCUGCGGUUUUUAUCUCUUCUCAAGCACUUUCAUGUUCACGGCGUGUUUUUUUUUUAUCAAGCUCUAAAAAUAUUCCAUUUUUAGAGCGAGAAAGGCAAUGUCGCUACGGUGAUCAUUCGCGGAUCUUCUCAAUCGCGAAUCGACGACGUCGAAAGAGCUGUGGACGACGCCGUGAACACCUACAAGGCUCUCACGAAGGAUGCCAAGGUCUUUGGAUUUUUGAGAAAUCGCUAUGUAUGAAGUUACUUUUGAAGAGCUGUAUAAGUAAGAAAAAUAUUUGCUUUUUAUGUAUUUUCGAAUUCAUUAUUAAUGAAAGUGUAAUAGAGAAAAAACUACUUCGAAGCUAUUUAAUUUUAAAAACAUUUAGCUUCUUCCUGGAGCUGGAGCCGUCGAGAUCGAACUUUCGCGACAAAUCGAGUCUUGGGGAGAGAAGGUAUUAUUUCGUUAUAUAAAUUUAUCAACAUUUUCAAAUUUAUUAUUAUUCACUGCACAAUCAAUCGACUGAUUCGGAAGAAAUUUCAGAGGACUGCAUGAUAAAAAUAGUUUGGUUUAGGCUCCUGGCCUUGAACAAUACGCCAUCAAAAAGUUCGCCCACGCUUUGGAGACUUUGCCCAAGGCAAUCGCUGAAAACGCUGGAAUGAAUGUAAAUUUUUCACUUUCCAUUCGCUUUUAAGUUAUUUCUAGGCUACCGAGGUUUUGACGAAGCUUUAUGCGGCUCACGUCGGCGGACAGAAAAACGUCGGCAUCGAUAUCUGGAAACAAGGUUUUUUUUUUCAAAGAAAUAGAACAAAAUCAAUUUAUUUUUUGCAGAGUUGAUGGACGCCAUUGAGAACAACAUCUACGAUUUGUACGCCGGCAAGCGAUCCGCGAUAAAAUUGGCCACUGAAGCCGCUGCGACCAUUCUGAAAGUUGAUCAGGUUGGAACAAAUUUCCGAAGGAAAAUAAUAUUCAUUGUAUUUGACUUGAAAUCAAGGUUUUCCUUUUUAUAAAAAUCUUUCACAAAAAUAUGACUUGAAAAAAUGGCAGUUAAAAGUUCAAUGCAGUUUGAAUGCGUCAAAGAGAACCAAAAAAGGAAAAUCGGUUUGAUAUGCUCACGUUCUCGCUGUUGCAGAUCAUCAUGGCGAAGCAGGCGACGGGCGGUCCCAAGCCACGAGGUCCCAAGCCCCAAGACGAAGACGACGAAGGAAUGGCUUAA